GCAACGCGGAGCGACGACGGCGGCCGGCGAGUGGCAAACGUGAACGCGCGCUCGAACGCAGAGGAGGUGCCCGGCUGCGCUCCCUGACGAGCCCGACACACAGUGUGGCCAGUGAGAGUGCUGUGCGGAGGAGCAGCCGACUUUGGAGGUGCCGUGUGGCACCGAUGCGACACCGCUAACAUGAGGAUGCUUCGAUUUGUGAUAUACGGCGCACUAGCGCUGGCGGUAGCGGACCACGCAGCCGCCUUUGGAGCCGGACCCGGAGCCACCGUGCUACAGGAGGUGCAGGCCCCCGACCUCAGCGGACGAAACGACGGCUUCACACACAACCCCGGCAACACGUUCGUCGUAUCAGCAGACCUGCGGCCCUCCGCCUCGCUCCUGCAGCCGCAGGAGCAGCGGCCGGUGUUCAACUUUCCCCCGCAACAGCAGCAGCAGCAGCAGCAGCAGGUGGUCAGCCGGCCACCACCGCCGCCGCCGCAGGCCGCACCUGCAGUCAGACCUCAGCCGGUCCCACAGCCGGCUCCGACCUUCCAGCCGCAGAACAACCAGCCACCGCAGAGACCGGCCCUACCGGCGAGUGAUAAGCCAGUGUUGGAUCAGUCCACUGUAGAUGUGCGGGAGAUCAACCCUCCGUUCCUACAGCAAUACAACGAGGAUGGCACCGUGUACCAGCCUCCUCCGCCGCCACCCCCGCAGCCGCAGCAGAGGCCGCAGCCGCAGCAGCAGAGGCCGCGUCCGCAGCAGCCGUUCCGCCGUCCUCCGCCCGGAUUCCGCCGACCUCCGCCACCGUUCGGCCGCCUUCCGCCGCCGCCUCGGCCGGGAGGACGUCCAGUGCGUCCCCGUCCGUCGGUCUUCCAGAACCCUCUUCAGCAGCUCCAGCAGCGCAUCUUCGGCCGACCACCUGCGCGCGCGGCUCCCAACCGCCGCCGUUUCCGGCGCGACCUCACCUCAGACGUGGAUGUUGCAGACGAGAUCCGCUCCGAUGUGAAGCAGGAUCGUCUCGGAAAGUGGGAGAUGGAGUACGCGAUGCGGAAGGCUGCCGAUCCUGCUUCCUUGAAGGACAACGAAGACAUCCCUGCCUGGGCGCCUCUGAAGGAGGAGGCCCGCGCUCUGCUGGAGAUGGCCUCACGGAGCGGGAGCCAGGGUCCGUCCGCGAACGGUGAUCUGCCUAUUACCAUCACCGAGGUGACUGCCGAUAGCCCCGAGGAAGCCCGCAUUCCCAUCUCCGCCGGCGAUGAGGUAGUGAUCGUGCGCGUGCCUGAAGAGAGCCUGAACUCGGCGCCGCUCGCCAUUGAGUCCUCUGGGCUGCUGCGCCGGUCUCGUCAGUUGCAAAGCGAGGUGACUGCCCGCCAAGGACGUGCCGCGGGCAGCACCGGCCGGGCGGACCAGCCGUGGUGGUCGCGCAUCCCUCUACUGGGCAGCCUCAUCUACCGCCCGCUGCCCGGCGAGGAGACUACCCCUGGCUACACUCCCUCCGGCGAGGCGACCGUGGCAGUGGUUACCGAUCGGGCCGGCUACGACACAGAGACGGUGGUCUCACCGCUGUACGACCCCUAUCUCUCCAUCGACGGAAGCGGCCGGCCCUACUACCGCACCCCGACCCACGCAGAGCUCGCCCACUACGAGCACAUUCCCGACAUGGCCAAGCCGGUGCUGAACCCUACCGAAGAUUUCGUUGUGCCCGAUAACAUCGAAGAUCCGUUCCGCGGCGGCUACGCGCCGUUCCGACCCGGGUACCAGUAUGUGAACGCGCCCCAUCUGCCAGCGCCGUACUACCCACCCGGAGAUGUCAAGUACCACCGCCGACAGCAGCUGUUCCCCAAGGAGAUCAACUACCACGAGAGCACACAGAAGCGUAGCGACGACGGCACGAAGGUGGCGGCCCGGCAGGCAGAGACGACUGUUCAGGCGGCGGAAGCUAAAAGUGAUGCCGGAUCCGGACUUGGGAAAGUUUUGGCUCAGGCCGCGCAAGAUCGCGCCGGGGAACUCUCUAUCAUCGACACUGGAGAUCACUAUGCCGUUAUCAGCGGCGACAUAAACAAGUUCGUCGACUUUGACGGCAAGGCAGGCGGUUCCACGAAGGCACGAUCUCUGGCCGAUCUGCUAAAGCUGGCUGGAUCCUCUGACACAUCUGCACCGCACUCACGCGUGAAGCGCCAGGCGAGUCUGUACCCUCUCCUCUCACCGGUCCAGCGUCGUCCGCAGCGCCGUCCCAUCCAGCGCCGCGACGACGUAGGCCGCUUCCCUCAUCGGGCGCCCACCUUCCGACCGCCGUGGGAAAGCGGUCGUCGGGUUUCGGUGCGCCCCCGCGGACCAAGACCUCUCCGACCGGUGUCCCAGCGUCCCAACACCCGCCAGCCAAUCACCAGCUUCCAGCCGCCCGUCCCGCAGCCCAUCUUCGAGCAGCACGAUCCAAGGCCCGUCUUCCACCAGUCGCACGAGAGGCCAGUUUUCGAGCAGCAUGACGAGAGGCCGUUCGAGCAGCAUAACGUGCAGCCUACCUUCGAACAGCCGCAGGAGAGUUUCGAGCAGUUUGACGCAAGACCUUCGUUCGAACAGCCCGCUGCACGCCCUGAGUUCGAGCAUCACGAAGCUCGCCCGACGUUCCACGAACCGGAUUCCCGCCCAGCCAUUGAACAGCCUGGCAACGACAUCAUCACUGGUCCUCCAGCGCAUUUCGGCGGCUUCCAACCAGUGACCCGACCCGCGCCUGACGCUGAAUCCCAGCCGACUGACGGUCCCGUUAUCCACGAACAUAUCCCCCACGGACAGCCUCGUCCGGUGGUCAGCCCGGUGCCUCAUGACGUGCCUCGUCUCACGGUCGUCACCACCGUGCCAGCGCCCGUUCACACAGAGGCAGUGUUCGUGCGUCCGAGCCGACCAGUUCACCAGGAGGUCCACCAAUCCACGCGGGUGGUGGAAGAUCAGCAGUCGGUGCACCCUCAGCAGCAGUUCGCUGGCAGCGAGCAGCACCAGCAGGUCAUUGUCAGCAGCAGCUUCAAUAGCCAGCCAUCUGUUUCGGAGAACCAGGUGACUGAGGAAGAUAAACCUGCAGGAUCCUGGGCUUCAGCAGCUCUGGCGGGUCUAUCAGCUAUUCUCGGAGGCUCGCAGGAGACCACCACCGAACCGGCUCCUACUGUUCCCACUCCUGAUGCUGACAGUCACAGCUUUAAGCUGACACACCAGAACCAAGAGGAGGAUAGUGCCAUCAAGAACAAACAUGUUGAAGUACCCAAAGUCGUCGGACAGAAUGCCGAUGACGAAGAAAUUCACAAGGACGAACUGAAAGAAAAAUCCACUGUCAAGGUUGUGAAGCGCUAUCGUAAGCGACAGCGACGUCCCAGCCCUCAGCCUUCUGCUAGCAGCGUCUCCAGCCACAGGGGCACGUCCCACCAUAACGCUCCGACUGUUACCUACCGCAGGCGCAGGCCCUCUGCAAUUCAAGCCCCGGCCAGCGAUGACGAUGCGGCUGAAACGAACGAGCCGGCGAAGCCAACGGGUCCCAAACAACGCGUGACAUUCGGCGCUAGGGUCCGACCGACGGCUGGUCAGCGCCGUCGACGACCGAUCGCCCGCCGCCCAACUACAUCGGAGCCUGAGCCAACGCCCACUCCCACGACGUCAACGACCCAGGAGCCUGUCACCGCGGAGGCUAGCCAGUCAGUGCGACGACCCGUGGUGCGCCUCCCGACGAGGAGCGAACGCGUCCAGGCCGCUGCCCCGAGCCCCGUGCGAGAGAUCCCGGCACCACAGCCAGUUCCGACUUCACCGACCACCCAACCCACUCCGCGACCGACUACGAGCAAGCCGCAGACCACUGCACCGCCGCAGGAACAGGAAGACACCCCGAGCACUGGAGGAUUCAGACCCGUAGCGGGCGUGCCUCGUCAUCGUUCCGUUCCGCCGACCCGCGGUCGGCCGCUCAGCCAUCAGACGAUCACCACGACAGUUGAGCCCAGCAAUGUUGAGAACCUCCCUCAAAACACUAACAAGGAUGAGCCUAAAACCGACACAAAAACAAAGGGAGAGAAGGAAGAGAAGGUUGAGGAUGUCCACAGCCAGUUGGAGAGCUACCUGAGCCGGUACGCCGAAAAGUACGGCCUGGGUCUCGUGACGAGCAGCCCCAAGACACCGCGCCCUGCGCCCACUGACAAGCCGGCCGCGCCCGUCUCCGGCCUGCGUUGGGCGCACCUCGCUGCGCGAUCUCGUAAUCCUGCCGGAGACGAUGUCGACGAGCUAGAUGAAUUCGUCACCGGCGAGCCGGACGGAGACGAGCGCGUCUCGGUCGGCAGUCAGUACUCGUACCGCGUCCAGCUGCCGCCCAGCCGACGCGUGCCGCCGGCCCUCAACAGCGUCCGGCUGCGGCCCAAGUCGAAGCUGGCGCAGCUGCUCGGCAGCUCGCCGCGCCUGAGGCCGAGCACGGCCAAGCCGACGAUCCCUUGGCCGGCUGGUUACCAGCCGUUUACUGUGAGCAGCACCACACCACGGCCGGGCCGCUGGGCUGCGCGGCGGGAGCGGCUCACCACGCCGUCCCCCACCGCGGCGCCAGCGCCCACCACCGGACCCGCCUGGAGCAAGUACGCUGAUGAGUUCACGACCACCCGCCGGCCGACCACCGAGGCGCCGGCCACCAGCGCCUCUCGCUCGCGGCCUAUCUUCAUCCCGCCCAUCAACAGGAAGCGGAUCCGGCCGAGGCCGCUGACCCUGCUGCACGCUGGACCGCGGAGGGAGGAGACCACAACGACCACCUCCACCACGGCAGAGGAACCCAUUGAAAAGACCGAGGGCCCGACCGAUGCGCCUGCUGUGACAAUCCCUGCACCGCCACCCGUCACACAGGAGAUUUCGCCCGAGCCGGCGACAACCGAAAACGUUGAGACCACGACCGACUCGGCGUUCGAGGACGAAGACCCGCUGGUCGCGUCCUCUGAGGAGCCGGUCGGAGAGUCAUCGCUGUUUUCGGUCGUCUACAGCAAGGAGCGUCCUCACGUUCGGCCACCGCAGCCGGAGAUCUUCAGCCGUCUGAACAAGUUCCUGGUUGAGCACGGCGAGCAGCCGCCGACCGCCCCAGCCACCGUCUCUGUGACUGUGGGAGCCUCUCCCAUACAGGUCCCUGUCUCAGCUCCUGUGGAAGCUCCGGAGAACCAGAGUGGUUUCCAGGCCUCCGUCGAGGCCGUCCCCGUCCCUGUGGCGGUGAUUGACCAGGAGGUUCUUGAGGAGGCCGAGGAGGAAGCCGAGCCGGAGCAGCAGCCCCUGGUGACCCCGGAUGGUGCCGUGAUCGUGCGGGCGGUGCCGGCCGAGACCGAUUCCAACGCCGGCGCCUGGGUGCCCACCAUCCAGGCGGUGGAAGUGAGCCCAGAGGUGGUCGCCGUCGGUCCUCAGCCCGGCACGGUGGUGAUCUACCCCGAGGACAUGUCCCAAGAGGAACGUGAGCAGCACUGGCCCCAGUCCGCUCAGGAGGAGAAGGAGGAGGACGACUGGUUCGAGGAACCCGACAGCGUUCACGACCUGGAUCUCUCCCACGACGGUCUCGUGGAAGAGGUCGUCUACCUCGAAGAUGCAGCCUCCGGCGCUGUGCUCGGCAAGGCGGCUCGUCUGGAUGACGAUGCCGCUCCCGAGGCGGAGUUCCUCGUUCCCGUCGUCACCGAAGCGCCGGUGGAUGAAGAGGACGCGACUGAGGUAGAGGAGCUCGUGCACGAUCCGUACGGCGUGUUCUGGACCUCUCCCAGCGGAGCGACCAACGCCGAGCAGGCCGAGAGCCAGCAGCUGGCGGGUGCAUUCGCCGCCGACGUCAACGACGAGGCCGAUGAGGCUGACGCCGUCGAAGUCGAUAGCGCGACUGACGUGCCAUCGGAGAGUAGCGCAGAUGCCGAGACAGAUGAUCGGACUGUCAACCUGUGUCUGGAUGGAAAGUGUAUGUUUAUUUAUGAGCCGGGCAGGCAGGUGCGAGUGAGCGGUGAUAACUAGAGGCGCGAGACGCGUCGGACGACCGCCCACGUCUGUCUGAGGGUGGUCCAAUGUGUGUCAGAGGUUAGUUCGAUGUGUGAGUGUGCUUCUUCUGCCCCGAGCCGUGCUCUGUGGGUGGGCACCGCGAGUCUGGUGUGAUGUCGAGCUGAUAGUGUCUGAGGAGUGGCUUUUAGGCUUUGUUAUUGUUGAUGCCUUGGAAGGGUUGGGGAUAAGACGCUGGGCGCUGUAAGAGUGAUCACGAAGCUGUAAAUGUUACAGUAUAUGCCAAACUGUUGCAAGCACUGAAUGCUAUUUGUUAUUGACAUUGUUUUAGCGAGCUACUCGCAUUCCAGGGAGCAAAGGGGAACUUUGUGAUUAAGACUUGUUACUUGUUAUCUAUUUAUUAGGGCCAUCUCAGCCGUAUAGUUACAUAUCGUGUCGACACAUGCCCUGUCUGUGCAUGUGAAGGGGCUUCGGUGAUCUGUUCCCGUGGCGAAAUACCACGGUACAUCACACCCUGAUUGCUCACUAUCCAUCAUGUGAAAGAUGCCGAAAUAUACAACAUAAUGAAA